CAGGGAGACACUGAUAUGCACAAUCUAACCGCUAUGUGUACUUUAGAAAUGUUAACGGUUGUUUAGUACUAAAACGUCUUCCUCGGCAUAAAGACCGGGCCAAAGAUUCUUGCCAAACCCACACACACAUAUAUUUAAAUAUUCAUAUUUUUUUCAAUUCCCUCAUCGGGUCCAAAAACAAAAGAGAUUACAAAGCGCGGAAAUGUUUUGCAAUACAUUAAUGGCCAGUGUUUGUCAGUUUGUCACAAUUUAAUGAAUACUCUCUCUCUCUGUCUCCCCCAUCUGUUCGGAGAUAACACCUAUUUAGAAUAAGCCAAAACAAUAAACAACAAAUUAACAUCAUCUAUCUAUCGUUCAUCAUCACCACCACAACCACAACCAUCAUCUAACCGAUCGCGGCAUGUUUAGCUACAGAUGCAUGCGUCUUAUAAUACCGCGUCCCUCCGUAUCGCGUCCACCAUGUUCGUGUUGUUUUCAACCCUGUCUUAUACCCUUAGGUUGUUGCGGCUGUUGUUCGGCUUUGAGGCCGCGUUACAAACGUCUGGUGGAUAACAUCUUUCCGGUGAAUUCGGAAGAUGGCCUGGUCAAAUCGAACAUGGAGAAGUUGACAUUUUAUUCGCUGAGCUCACCGGAUAAACUGGAUCGUAUUGGUGAAUAUUUGUAUCAGAAGGCCUCGAAGGAUAUCAAUCGCAAACGUUACAAGUUUGUGGAAAUUGCCAUGGAAGCCAUGGAUAACUUGUUGCAGGCAUGUCAUGCCCAGACCACUUUGAAUCUAUUUGUGGAAUCAUUUUUGCGCAUGGUUCAAAAACUGCUGGAGGAUUCAAAUCCAAAUUUACAAAUUUUGGCCACCAAUUCGUUUGUGAAAUUUGCCAACAUUAAUGAGGACACUCCUUCCUACCAUCGUCGUUAUGACUUUUUCAUUUCGAAAUUCUCUUCCAUGUGUCAUGGAAAUAAUGAUAAUAUCGAACUGCGUGACAGUAUACGUUUGGCUGGCAUCAAGGGUGUUCAGGGUGUGAUACGUAAAACUGUUUCCGAUGACUUGGUUGAGAAUAUUUGGGAAAAACAACAUAUGGAGAAAAUCGUACCAUCGUUGCUAUUUAAUAUGCAGUUUGGCGUUAACGUUAUGUUUGUGAAGAAAAACAUGUUGGCGUCUGGCGAUUUGACACCGGUGGAGGAUGCCACCGUUGUUACACCACCGGUUUUGGCUGAGGAAGUUUUGCGAGAAUUGGUUGGUCGUGCCUCAUUUGGUCACAUACGCAGUGUCUUGAAACCCUUGCUGACCCAUUUGGAUCGCCAUGAACUCUGGGUGCCCAACACCUUUGCCAUACACACAUUCCGUAUUGUUAUGAUUUCCAUACAGCCUCAGUAUUCGUAUACUGUGGUCGAGACGCUCAUGCAACAUUUGGAUAACAACUUUAAAUCCUCUCCCAAGACUCGCACCUCUUUGGCUGUGGUCUUGUCGAAAAUCAUUGCCAUAGCGGCUGGCGAGAGUGUAGGCCCCUCAGCCUUGGAUAUUAUCAACAAUCUGCUAACUCACUUGAGAACCAGCGUCAGUACAACAACUGAAAUAACACCCGAAGAAUCCCAAUAUCAAGAGGCUCUCAUCAAUGCUCUGGGUGAAUUUGCCAAUCAUCAUCCGGAUUAUCAGAAAAUUGAAAUUAUGCUUUUCAUUAUGAACACCGUGCCGGAUCUAUCGAAGAAAAGCAAAGGCGAUCAAAUGUUACAGAAUAUCCUACUGAAAUCGUUACUUAAAGUUGGCACUCAAUACAGCACCACAUCCUUUGAAAAAGCAUUCCCAGCCAGUUUUCUCCAACCACUAUUGAAAAUGGCCCGCGCACCUCAUGAUCCGACACGUAUUAUUGUAAUGCAAAUAUUCCAAUCGCUUUUGGAUCGUCAUCAGAAUGAAAAGGUUUUGAGUACGGUUAGUAUUAAACCGUAUGCUGCCCUUUCACAGGAGACACCCUCACGUUCGGACAUCAUAUUUACCCAUAAGUAUGGGGCAAAUAUAAUGCAGGCCCUUAUCGAUAGUAUGGCAUUGUCGGAGAAGCUGGAUUCGUUGACAUCAAGUUAUAAUACGGCGGCAUUACUUAUUGUGGAAAUGGCUUGUGGCGAGACGGUGCAGGAGUUUCUACUAUUCAUAUUGGGCAUUCAACAGGUUGCCACCACAUCCGAUGAUCUGAGUAAUAUACACAAGUGUUGCCUUCACAUUAUCGCCAUUGCAUUACUUACGCUUACGGCCCGCGUUACGGGCAUUAAUAAUCUACUCGAAUAUGCGCAAAAAAUCAUUGAAGAUCGCAAACAAGAGGCUACAUACUUGCUGCCACCGCUAUUGGAUUCGAAGAAAUCGAAUAAAUCGUAUAAUUUAAAUCUACCCCAUUUGGCCAUUGAUAAAAUGGCGUUGGCUGAAUGUUUACAAAAUGCUGGCAUGGAUUUCAAUCGUCUACAGACCGGUGUACCAUAUGCUCUCAAUCAAAUCGAUAAUCCUGGUCAUCGUCAUUCAUGGGUCGAGUCGGUUAGUAAUCACAUGACACAUCGCAACAGUUCAGCCGAUUUGACGGCCUAUAAUGCUGAUGCGGACAGUAUUAGCAGUUCACCGGGUGUUUCUAAGAAAGCCUUGGCUCCCGAAUACACCGUUGAUGCCAUGAAACGUUAUUUGGCCGAACCCCCAGAAUCUGUCAAGAGAGAACAACAGGAGAAACAAAAGCAAAUUGUUCGCGCUUUCCGUGAAAGCGAUUUUGAGGAUCUUAUGAAACGUACUGAACCAAAGCACGAUGUCAUACAAAAUCGUCUCAAUGACCUCUUCAAUUCCCUGUCGAUUGACAACAAGACUCCACAGAAUGCCGCCAAUCAAAAUGAGAAACCCAUUUAUGAAACUAACUUUCCCGAAUUAUUUUACUACUAAAAAACAACACCACCACUCUAUCUAUAUAUCAUAUAAUAUAAAAAUAUACAAAAUACAUAUGUAUUUAAAAUGUUGAAAAUUUAUUUCUAAUAAAAAAAGAAGAAUUGGCUUUGUUACUUGGUUUUUAAGAAAUAACAAUAAAAUUGUUAUAUUUCUAUUAAGUAUUAAUUAUUAACAAAUUUUUUAUAUAUACAACACUAGUAGCCCCCACUUUCCCCUCCCCCUGACACAACACUCCCUUAGGAAAAGAAAAUAAUAGAUUUCAAUACCUACAAA